CCACACAAACCGUUGAGAAACACAACACAGUCCACUACAGGAGAGAGAAACUAGUGUUAGUUUGCUGACACUAAAACACUCAGAUAGUGUAAAUGAAAAUACAGAAAAGGGUAAAACUCAGAAAAUAUGCAGAGAAGAUGAAACAACAUUGAUCAUGUGUAAGAAUAUGUGGAUGUUGUAAGAGGUAAAGUCAGAAAAGAGAUCACAGAUUCAACGCCACAAGAAUCCAGUCUUCUGAACUCACAGGUUCAAUAAUGGACUCAGAAGACCGAAUAGAAAGGAUUGUUGAUAUCUACAUCAGUGCAGAGGCUGUAAGAGAAAUGAAAUUUAAGAAAGACACAGAAGACUUCAACACAGCAAAACCCCAAACACCUCAACACACAGGAAGUGAUGGUGUGAAGAUCAGAAGCUCCAGAGCAGCUGGUGUGUGUUUGGGGCUGCUGUGUGUUCUUCUGCUGACUGCAGUCUUAGUGCUGUGUGUCUUCAUCUAUACAAAGAGUACAAACUACACACAAGAGAGACAACAGCUGCUAACUAAGAUCACCAACCUCACAGAAGAGAGAGACCAGUUAAAAUCAGAAAGAAAUGAACUUCAGAAACGUUUAGCAGAUGGAUGGAAGUACUAUCAAUCCAGUCUUUACUUCAUUUCCUCUGAGAAGAAGAGCUGGACUGAGAGCAGAAGAUACUGUAGAGAGAGAGGAGCAGAUCUGAUCAUCAUCAACAACACAGAGGAACAAGAGUUUGUGAAGAUCAUUUCUGGUGGUUCUGAAGUCUGGAUUGGUCUGACUGAUAUUGAAGUGGAGGGCAGAUGGAAAUGGGUUGAUGGCAGCAGCAUGACCUCUGGGUUCUGGGCGUCUGGAGAGCCAAACAGCUAUCGGGGAAAAGAGGAAGACUGUGCUAUUAAUCGUUCAUCAGGAUGGGCUGAUUUUUCAUGUGAUUAUAUGUCUAAAUGGAUCUGUGAGAAGAGUGUUCUUAAAUGACACAUUUCAAUAAAUAUGUAUAUAGUGCAUUAUGAAAAUUUAAAUAUAAUGUAUGGUAAUGAUCCUAUUACAUUUAUCUUGUUGGUUUGAAUAAAUGUUAUGACUGCACAUGGAUCCUGUUUUCCCAUUUCCCGUUUGUUUUUAUUCAGUAUAUCAACAAGUUAGUUGAUAUACUGUUAUAGCUUCUUGUAUAUUAUUAAGACACUGUAAACUAAAGUAUAACUGUUGUA